AGUCUACUUUGUCGUUUCUCUGAAUCUGGAACGCGUUUCGGUGGAUUGCGAAAAAAAAGACUAAAAAUAAAUAAACAGAUAUGUCUGGAAAAUUACCAGUGACCUUUGUCAAAGGCUUCCACAACGAGGAGCAAGUGAAGCGCAUGGAGUACCGCAAGUUUGGUAAAACUGGUUUGGAAAUCUCCAAAAUAGCGUUCGGGGGAGGGGCGCUCUGUGCCAAUUAUGGCUUCGACCUGGAGGAGGGCAUUAAAACAGUGCACGACGCUUUGAAAGCUGGCAUCAACUAUAUAGACACAGCGCCGUGGUAUGGCCAGGGACGCUCGGAGGAAGUGCUUGGUAAAGCGCUAAGGGACGUGCCAAGGGAGGCCUACUACAUAGCCACCAAGGUGGCACGCUAUGAGCUGGACUACGAACACAUGUUUGACUUUAGCGCGCAGAAGACCCGUGAGAGCGUGGAGAAGAGUUUGCAGCUGCUAGGCCUGGACUACGUGGAUGUGAUACAAAUACAUGACAUCGAAUUCGCCGAAAAUUUGGAAAUUGUGCUCAACGAGACUCUGCCCGCUCUGGAACAGUUGGUAAAAGAGGGCAAGGCCAAGUUUAUUGGCCUAUCCGCCUAUCCAAUAUCAGUGUUAAAGGAGUUCAUUUCUCGCGCCGAGGGCAGAUUCGAUACGGUGCUCACAUAUGCACGUUAUACUCUUGCUGAUAAUACGCUGCUCGACUAUUUGGACUAUUUCAAGUCCCAGAAUCUGGGCAUUAUUUGUGCAGCCGCACAUUCGCUGGGUCUGCUGACCAAUGCCGGGCCGCAGCCCUGGCAUCCAGCCAGCGAUGAGCAGAAGAAAAUAGCACGCAAAGCCGCCGAGCUAUGCAAGAAGGAAGGAGUGGAACUGGGAAAACUGGCCAUGUACUACACCAUUCAACUACGCGAUGUGUCCACAUUUCUGGUUGGCAACCAAACGCGCCAGUUGCUCCAAAUGAAUUUGGCUGCCUUUUACGACGGCCUCAGUGCGAAAGAGCAGGAAGUGCUGCAGCAUCUCAGAGAAAACAUCUUCGUAAAACCUUUCCACUGGGAGGGCAACGAACUGGAACGAUAUUGGGCUGCACUUAAAAAGAAAUAGAUCACAUUGCGAUUUUAAUAUUUAACGCUUUUGUGUAUGCGCUAAAUUAUUUUUGAUGAACCAACCGAAGUCAAAUAUUAUUAUUAUUAUUCAUGAUGAUCCAAAUAAAACCUUUACUCAUGUA